AUGGCAUCCAGUAUGUGGCUUCAUUAUGUCUGGUGUCUUGUCAUUUUGGCCCCAGCUUCGCUGGCGCAGAAGUGCUGGAGGGAGACGACGUGCUCGGGUCCGGAAGAUAGCGCCUUCCCGGGACCGUGGGACAAGUACAUCUAUGCGCCGGCUUCUCGGACUGUGGAGUCCAUGGGAGUGUUUACCCUAUCGGGGGCGAACUCGUCAGAGGACUAUACGAGAUCCAUACCAUAUACACUUCAAGGCAAUGGGUCAGCGGUAGUAUUUGACUUCGGCAUCGAAGUCGGCGGUGUCAUCACCCUCAACUAUACAUCAACAAGCAGCGGGGCUUUAGGGCUGGCCUUCCCUGAGGCGAACAGCUGGAUCCGGGAGAGGUCAGAUACAUCUGACGAUGCCCCGGGAUCUCUUGACAGGGCGCUGUAUGCGAAUUUUACCGAAGCCGGAGAGGGAAGCUAUUCUGUGCCCGAUAAGGACAUGCGUGCGGGAUUCCGAUAUAUGGUCGUAUUUCUGCAAGCUGAUGGUCCGACGGAUGUCAGUAUAGACGGGGUGAGCUUGGAGAUUGCGUUUCAGCCGACAUGGUCGAAUCUCAGGGCUUACCAGGGGUAUUUCUUCUCUGAUGAUGAAAUGCUUAACCGUGUCUGGUACAGUGGCGCUUAUGCGCUGCAGGUUGAUGAUAUGCCGGCCCCCGCUGUACGCCAGAGUUCUAUGGUGACGGCUGGGACGGUAACCAAUGAACCGAUAGGAUCUGAUGAUACGGUGUUCGUGGAUGAGAUCAAGGAAGAUUAUGAGGUAUGGCCAGGCGACAUGGGAAUAAGUGUCUUGUCGUCAUUUGUUAGUACCGGCGACUUGGAGAGUACCAAGAGCGCAUUGCAGAAAGUAUACAACACACAGAGUAAUUCGACAGGAGCUUUCGAUGAACCAAGGGGACAGUUCAACCUGAAGGGUCUUGACAUUUACCAUUUGUGGUCUAUGAUUGGGACAUUUUACUAUGUCCUCUAUAGCAACGACACUGACUUUCUCGAACGAAAUUGGGAAGGAUACAAGAGUGCUAUGAGCUACAUCUACCGGAAAGUAGACAGCACACGUGGUCUGCUACACCUUACAGACACAUGUAAUCAGGACAAAUUACAGCAAGUGUCGAACAACCUAGAGACACAGAUGAUUCUGUAUCACGCCCUGGAAACAGGAGCGCAACUCGCUACCUGGACACCGAACAGUCUAACCAUCUCAGACAAAUGGAGCAAGCAAGCAGAGGACCUAAAACAAGCCAUCAACACGCACUACUGGGAUGACGACUACGGCGCCUUCAAAGUCAACACCACAGACACAACCCUAUACCCCCAACGCGUAAACAGCUUAGCCCUCAUCUACAGGCUCGCCAACCCAGCCCGCUCCUCCCGAAUCUCAGAGAACCUGACCAAAAACCGGACCCCAAUCGGCGCCGUCACCCCAAAACCCAGCGGAACCCUCUCCCCCUUCACCUCCACCUUCGAAAUCCAAGCCCACUUUGCAGCCGGCCAGCCCGCACGAGCCCUAGACCUCAUCCGCCGCAGCUGUGCCUGGUACCUCCAACCCCCCAACCAAACGAGCAUCCCUCUCUCGACCAACCCGCAAAACAACCCAUCCAAACACAAAGACUCCUCCCCCAACACACCCCACCCACCCAACCAACCCACAUCCCUUACACACACCCUAACAAAAUACACCCUCGGCUUAUCCAUAACCUCCCCAAUAGGCCUCACCUGGAAAAUCGCGCCCCAAUUCGGGGAUCUCCACCGCGCAGAAGGCGGCUUCACCACCCCGCUAGGGAAGUACUGGGUUUCGUGGGAGACGCGCGCUGACGGGUACGAUCUGGCGUUCGCGGUGCCGAGCGGAACGAGGGGGAAUCUGACGCUGCCGUUUGUGAGGGAAGACCGGAGACCGUCGAUUCGGAUUGAUGGGAAUGAUAUCUUGAGGGGCGUUUGGUGGGAUGAGUGGGCGGGGACGGCUACUGUUGUUGUUAGUGGUGGGGGAGGGCAUGAGGUUGUUGUUAGGGGGUGA